AUGCCAAUGCCCCAAAUGCAGGGUCCUUGCCAGCGCAGUCAGGCACUGCACCAGCACAUGCAGAAUCUCCUCAACAUGCAAGACUUGCAGCCGCAGCACGUGCAGCAGGUCGUGCAGCAGCAGAUACAGGUCCAACGCCUGGAGCAGAUGGCCCACCAGCUUCAGGUCUCGGGCCUGUCGCAAUCCUCCAGCUUUCGGCCCGAGCAGUCCGCUCCGAAGCGCUCAGAUCAACAACCACAUGCCGCGCUCCCGUUUGAAUCACGUUCGACCCAGCCAAACUCAGCCACAGUCGUGGACGUGCUGACGCUUGCGACUGUGCGGGCGUUCUUCCCGAUGUCUGUGGCGGAGAACCUGUCUGCCGAUGCAGCUGCAAGAGCGUUCCAGCGGUUCGGAGAAGUGGUUGGCUUAGACAUGCAAAGCUGCAAAAGCAAGGGUGAAGUCAUCGUGACCUUCUCGGAGCCCAAAGCAGCACAGCAACUCCUUAUGGCUUUGACACCGGAGAGAGUUCUGGACUUCACCAACGAAUUCGCGCCACCCGCGGUGGAGCGGACCAACGAGAUCCUUGAAUCUGCCAAAUCAAGCACCAACGAGCAAUCGUCCACAAGCCCAUCUGUCGAAGACAUAGGUGUUUUGAGAACGAACUUGGCCGCAUCCACUCCUUCAGCAGGAGAGGUACCGGUACCAGACUAUGCAACCCUGCUGGCGCCGACACCGGGCCGCCUGCCAACUCCUUUCCGGAGUCCAGCCAAGGAGGUGCUGGAGAGUGCUCAUCAGUUCAGCCCGGAAAGAGUAGCUCAGGGCCUGGACUUGAGGACUUCCAUUAUAUUGGGCGGACUGCCCAAGACUUGUAGUUCGGAGCGUUUCCUGCACACCAUGAAGGGCUGCCAGCUGAUAACGAAGCUGAGGUUCUUUUACUUGCCGGUCGACAAACCGCGUGGACGAGCCGUUGGCUAUAUCUUUAUGGACUUCCAGCAAGCGACAGACCUGCUGGAGUUCUGGACUCGACUCCAGGAGCUUUGCGAGGGCAUAGGUGGGCCGAAGGCGCUACAAAACCUUUACGUGAGCUACUCACUCAUUCAAGGCACGUCGAUGCAGUACGUCGCCAACUGCUGCGAGCCAUGA